AGUUAACACGUCUCUACGCCUUUAUUGGGGUUAUGAUCAGCUGUGAUUCGAGAAGAGCCUGGAGCUUAUAUCAUCUCGCCGGCAUCGCUUUUUCAAUUUAAUUUCUUUGUGUCAGUUAUUCUCAAGAGACGAUCAUGAUGAAUUAUGCUAUAAAUCUGUUACUUUCAAGUUUUACAAUAUUUUCACUUUACAUAAGUUGCAUUCAAGCUAAGGGAACACAACAUGUAACUUGCGGUUCUGUAGUGAAACUACUGAAUGUGAAUUAUAACGUGAGGUUACAUUCUCAUGAUAUCAAAUAUGGAAGCGGCAGUGGACAGCAAUCUGUAACAGGUAUAAAUACCAAAGAAGAUGGUGAUUCUUAUUGGUUUGUAAAAGCAGAGUCAGGAAAACCAUGUGUACGAGGGAAGCCAAUUAAAUGCGGAGAGAUUAUCAGAUUGGAACAUACCUCAACAAAGAAAAACCUCCAUUCACAUCUUGUUAGUUCACCUUUGAGUGGAAAGCAGGAAGUGUCAGCAUACGGAGAUCACAGAGGAGAAGGUGAUACUGGUGACAACUGGAUGUUAAUAUGCAAUAAUGAUUUCUGGGAGAGAGAUGAUAUAAUUAAGUUGAAGCAUGUUGAUACUGAGACAUAUUUAGCUGUCAGUGGCAGGGGUUAUGGUGCUCCAAUAAGCGGGCAUAUCGAAGUAGUAGGUGAAUAUUCCGCAAAUAAUCCUCACACACAAUGGAUGACAAUGGAAGGAUUGUUUAUUCAUCCUAAUGAUUUCAAUGCACAACAUCAUCGACAUUCGGAAUUAUAAAGGCAAUUUUUAUAGCAACUUAGAAUUAUUUACAAACAAAUGCAUAAAUAAAGGGCAAAUGUAUUGCAUUAUUCUAUUGGUAAAAUCAAUAUUUAAUUAUUUCAUAUUGAUAUUUUCUCAUAAGUUUGAUUAAAUCCAUCAUAAAAUUAC